UACAUAAUGGAAAAGACAAUCCUUGCCAUUGGUUUAUUGAUGUUAGUGGGAACACUUUACAACGUUCAAAGCACUCCAGAGGUUUAAUUGGCUGCAUAAUUCACCAAUUACUAAUCCAAAUUCAACAAAUAAUACUCUGGAUCUGAACUCCUCUACAGAUUAUAAGUUUAUGAGGCUAACAUUGCUGACAUUAAGGCCAGAAACGCAAGAAUCGGAAGAGAAAUCUUUGGUGAAACAUAAUUCACAGAUCUUACCGAUGAAGAAUUCGCUGCCACUUAUUUGACCCUCAAAAUCAACCCUGAUGAUUUGGAAGUACCAAAAUCUUAAUUCGAAAAUGUCAAUGCUACACCAAUCGAUUGGAGAGAAAAAGGUGCAGUCUAAAAGGUCAAAGACCAAGGACAAUGUGGAUCAUGCUGGGCUUUCAGUACAACUGGUGUCUUGGAAGGAUUCUACAAGGUUAACACUGGUGAAUUACCAGAUCUCUCAGAAUAAUAAUUGGUUGAUUGCUCAACUUUGAUUGAUUUCAACUAAGGAUGUAACGGAGGUAUGCCAUCAAGAGCCUUGAACUAUGUCAAGAGAAAUGGUCUUUCCGUCUAAGAUGCUUAUCCAUACGUAUUAUUUUAAAUUAAUUCUUUUAUAGACCGCUAAGGAAUCAGGAUCAUGCAAACUCAAGGGAGGUCCCUACAAAGUCAGUGGAUCAACUGCAAUUGCUGCCAAUGAAGCUGCUCACUAAAACGCCCUCUAAAACGGACCAGUUUCAGUCGCUGUCAAGGCCUCAGAUUGGAAGAACUAUAAACCCAAAAAGGAUGAUAUCAUCUUCCCAGAUUCUGAAUGCACUGGAGAUAUCAACCACGCUGUUUUGGCUAUUGGUUUCACUUCUGAAGCUCUCAUUGUCAAGAACUCAUGGUCUACAAGUUGGGGAGUCGAUGGAUACAUCUACCUUUAAAGCGGAAGAAACACUUGCAGUGUUUGGGAUAACUCAGUUGUUCCAAAAUGAUAUAUAACAUUAUCACAAAUAUCAAUUCC